AUGUCCAACCCUGACAAUUACACUGUUGGCUGGAUCUGCGCUGUCUGCCCCGAAUACGUUGCUGCGCGGGUUCUUCUUGACGAAAUGCACCCUCCUCCUGCAUAUGUGUCACGACAUGACAACAAUGCCUACACUUUGGGCAGAAUCGGUCAACACAAUAUCGUCGUGGCUGUUAUGCCCGACGGAGAAUACGGCAUCAACGCCGCCGCAGCUGUUGCUCGAGACAUGAUGCAUAGCUUCCCAAAUGUCAGGCUGGGCCUGAUGGUGGGAAUCGCUGGCGGCGUGCCCAGUGCGAAGCACGACAUCAGACUCGGUGAUGUUGUUGUUAGCUACCCUCGCGAUGGCAACGCUGGCGUCUUUCAGUAUGACUUUGGCAAGUCCGUUCAAGGACAGGCCUUUCAGGCGAGUGGUUUCCUCAACCAGCCGCCGCAAAUCCUACUGGAGGCCGUUCGUCGUGUGAUGGGGGUUUACGAGGCUAAAGGGCAGACUCUUGACAAGACUGUCUCGGAGGCCCUGAACCGGAAGCCGAGACUGCUCAAGGACUACUCACGACCGAGCCCUGCAAGCGAUCGCCUCUUCCGCAGCGACUAUGUUCAUCCCGUGGAGAACAAGGCAGGCUGCGCAGGCCACUGUGAUAGGGACGCCAGAAAACUGGUCAAGAGAGCCCCUCGGCCUCGUGGUCACGAAAGAGAACCUGUCGUCCACUAUGGCUUGGUUGCUUCUGGGAACUCGGUCGUUAAGAACGCCCAGCUGCGGGAUAAGCUAUCGCGAGACAAGGAUGUUCUCUGCUUUGAGAUGGAGGCUGCUGGACUCAUGAACCAUUUCCCCUGCUUGGUCAUCCGUGGAAUCUGUGACUAUUCGGACUCACACAAGGCCAAGGAAUGGCAGGGCUACGCAGCUAUGGCGGCUGCUGCCUAUGCAAGGGACAUCCUGUUGAACACUGGGUCUGGACGGCCCGAGGUGGAGAGGGUGCCGUACAAGCCUGGAAGGAGGUGA